CUAUUUGCUUCAUAAACUCAGAUCGAUAAGAUUUUAUACCCAGAAUGCUGCCCGUGCAGACUUUUAUUCCUAAAGGGUAAACUUGUGUGAAUGUUAAAACCCUUAGCAAUGCAAUCCAUAGAAAAUGAUGGCUAACAAAAUAAAAGCCAUCUUUACAAAUUACCACCUGAAAUAAGAUGUCUCUCUUAGAAGCCAAAAAACCAUCUGUGUGUAAAAGUGAACCACUGACCAGUGAAAAAGUCCGGAGCACAUUUUCAGCCUUUCAAGGAAUUGUAAGUUCAUGCUAUGGCCCUUGUGGGCGACUGAAGCAAUUGCACAAUGGCCUGGGAGGGGGUGUUUGCAUGACUUCACAGUCCUCUGCUCUGCUGGCCCACCUCUCCAUCACCCACCCUGUUCUAAAGGUCCUGACGACCUCUGUUCAGGGCCAUGUGUCCUGCUUCAGUGACUGUGGCUUAUUCACAGCCAUUCUUUGCUGCACCUUGAUUGACAAUGUUCAGAAAAUGGACUUAACAUCCACCACUGUCAUCAAAUUGAAUAAGCAUCUUCUGAGCCUCUGUGUUAGUUACCUCCAGUCUAUGGACUGUGGUUGUCGAGUCCCAAUCGACUUUAGUAGUACCCAAAUGCUCCUUUGCUUGGUGCGUAGUGUAGUAACAAGCAAGCCUGCCUGUAUGCUUAACCGAAAGGAAGUAGACCACAUCAGUACUUUGAUUCUAAGAGCCUUUUUGCUUACAAUUCCACAAAAUGCUGGAGAAAAUGUUAUUUUAGGAAAGAGUGUAAUUGUUUCUUUAAAGUGUCAGAAGGUUACAGAUUCUACCGUAUUACCUGGAAUACUUAUUGAAAUACCAGAAGGUCAGUUGAUGAAGAAAUUGCCUAUCAAAAAAUCCGAUUCUUUCAAGGUAGCACUAUUCUGUACUUCUUUAUCUGGAGACCUUGCUGAUACUGGAGAAGGAACAAUGGUUGUCAGUUACGGGAUUUCUCUUGAAAAUGCAGCUCUGGACCAGUUGCUUGCCCUAGGGAAAGGGCUAGUUAGUGAUCAAGUAGAUCUAGUCUUGUGCCAAAAAGUCAUACAUCCAUCUUUGAAACAGUUUCUCAACGUGCAUGCCGUUACUGUCAUUGACAGAAUUGGAUUGGCUCUUAUGGAACCCUUGAGUAAAGUUACAGGAGCACAGCCGAUUGGCUCCCUGGGCUUCAUCUCUCCUAGUAGUUAUGGAAGUGUCAAAGACUUGCGCUGUACAAAAUUUGGCUUCAAACAUUUUUGGCAUCUGAUUCCUAAUGAAGAGACCAUCUGCUGCUUGCUUCUCUGCAACAGAAAUGACACUUCCUGGAAUGAACUGAAGCUCACAUGUCAAGCAGCACUACAUGCGUUGCAGUUAACACUCAAGGAACCAUGUGCCUUGUUGGGAGGUGGAUGUACUGAAACACAUUUGGCUGCAUAUAUCAGACACAAGACUUCGACCGAAUCAGGAAGCAUCUCUAGAGAUCACGCGUGUACUCAGACAGAAGUUGGACUGGUUGCUGAAGCCUUUUGCCGUGCACUGGAAUCUGUUGCUGGCUCUUUAGAACAUGAUGGAGGUGAAGUUGUCACUGACAUAAAAUAUGGACACUUGUGGUCAGUGCAGGCAAAUUGUCCCUCUUUGGCUCACUGGCAAGACGUGCUUUCCAGAUGUGGCUGUGGUCUGUAUAAUAGCCAGGAAGAACUCAGCUGGUCUUUCCUGAAGGGUACUCAUCAUUCUUUUGUACCAUAUACAUGCAAUCCACAAAAAGCUUUGGACUCAGCCACCAACCUGACCUUGGACUGCUUUGCUGCCAAGCUGAGUGGCCUGCAAGUGGCUGUGGAGACCGCCAAUUUGAUUUUGGACCUUUCACAUGUCAUUGAAGAUAAAAACUGAUAGAAGCAACUACCAUGUUCCUGUAACAAAAAAAGAACACUAUUUGUUGUCAAACUAAAUAUAUUUUGUGUUCUCCCAAAGUCCUCUGCUGUUUUACAUAUUUGAGUAGAUGAUUUGUAGCAUUUUAAAAUCCAUUUCAGGGAAAAGAAAUUAUUCUUCAGUAGGAAUACUAUAGACUAAUAAAAAAUAUGAAGCAUUCUGAUUAAGGAUACAGUAAUCUUAGGGGUUCCAUGGAUAACACUCUUCUAAGUAUAUCAUUGUUAUUUUGACUUCAUUCUAGGAACAUAGAGAAAUG